UUAUAUCAACUUACGGUAUUAUUUGAGAAGAAAAUAAAUACUCGUGUGCUAUUCCGAAAUAGUGUAAUUUCAUCACCGUGUUAAGGGAGAUGACAUGUUGUAUUUAGUCCAUAAUGUAGUGGUGAAUACUUGAUUUGGAAUUUGGCCAUGAUUGGGUCCGUUGCGUCCCACCGAAAACAGGAAGUUUUCAGAGAGUUACACAGGCUAGCUCAAUAGCCUGCGGGGUACAUACGCAUUUUUUUCAUGUUUCAACAAGUGUUUAAAUCGUGUGGACUAUCAGCCGUGCUACAGACGACAAACGAUAAGCUCAGCAGUAACUACAGCACCGUAACAUGAAGUUAUGGAGGAGCGAAAGCUAAAGAGAAAGAGUCCCAGGAUCUCCACCAGCACCGCGGCUCCGACCGGUGGCUCUGGCCGGAAAACCACCGCUUCCUCCGGGGGACGGCACGUCGGCUCAAGCCAUAACGCGGGGAGCCAAAAGAGCAAAAAUAGGAGGGGAGUUAGAGACAAACCCAGGCAGCAACUGGGUUUAGGUGGUCGAUCUAAUCAGAAGCAGGGCCAGGCAGCACCUACCAUCCAGCACUCCUUUCUGACUGAUGUGUCAGAUGUACAGGAGAUGGAGAACGGCCUGCUCAGUCUCCUCAAUGACUUCCACUCAGGGAAACUACAAGCAUUUGGCAAUGAGUGCUCCAUUGACCAGAUGGAGCACGUGAGAGAGAUGCAGGAGAAGCUGGCUCGUUUGCACUUUGACCUUUACAGCGAGGUGGAUGAAAUGCCAGAGGACCAGAAGAAAGUGGCCUGCGACACCAACAUGGACAAAUUACUUCUUAAUCUUGAGGAGCUGAGUUCUUCGAUUCAGAAACUGAAUCUAGCCGACUCCCAAGACAUUCCGAGGACUGCCAGUAUUUGAUUUUCUAUUUUCUUGUCAACCCCAUCUGACUCACCCCCCAUGUCACCUGGAGGGGCUGCAAUGGUUAAGGUGGAGUUGAAGCAAGCUUGAGGCACUAUUGCUCUUAAGUUUUGUGGCAGAAAUGGCAAGAAAGCUGUUCACCAGUGUUCCCGGUCUGUACAGCUGGAUGGAUGUAUUGUAAGAUGUCACAGCAGGGAUGCACUGACAGCCUUUUUCCCCCCACUAACAGUGAGUGGUAAAUACGGUGGCUAAUAUGGAGUAUAAAAAAUUCUAAUCUUACCUUACUAAAACUUCCCGAGAUAUGAUUGGGUUUCACCACCAUCCUAAUAAAUCUGAUACAAUGCUUUGCUUUGCUGUUCUAAUCAGUUAUAAUAGAUGGAGAUAUGAGAACUCCAGCUACUCUCUGACCUACAGUGCAGUAUACUUUACAUAUUGGCAUUGGUGCAUCCCUGUCAUGGCCUGUUUAUAGUCAAGUUGUUGUCAGUUCACUAAUUUCCGAACAAUUAAUAUUUGCAUUACUUUGCUAACCAAAGUUAUAUUGAGAUAAAGCACCUUUUUUGUCGAACAGUUGAUUAAUUCA